AUGGGAAAUGAGAAAAAGAGCAAUGGAGCUUCGAAUUUGGGAGGAGGAGGAGGAUUUAGGGCAAAGAUGGAGCAUUAUGUGUACAGUGGUGAAAAGAAGCACGUUUUAGCUGGGAUCGGGAUAAUCACCAUCAUCUUUGGAAUCCCUUGGUAUCUAAUGACUCAAGGAUCAAAGCAUCGGUCUCACCAAGAUUACAUGGAAAAAGCCGAUAAAGCUCGAAAAGCACGUCUCUCAUCCUCCGAAAAGUAA